AAAUACCCACCUGAAUCAAUACACAGUCGUGCAUACUCCUUCUCUCCGAAGAGACAGGUCGCCGACACCUACCGUCUCCUUUCCUGUUGUGCCACAUUCACUCUUGACCUUACAUAGAGUCACCCCUUUACUCGAGCUGCCGCUCAAGGCUUAGAGACAUGCCCCAGGAUGUGGACAAGGCGGCCAAGCUGAAGGAGGAUGGGAAUCACCAUUUCCAGGCCGGCGACUACAUAGGCGCCGAGAGCCUCUACUCCAAAGCCAUAAUCGCAGACGACACGAACCCCCUGCUGUAUACCAACCGGGCGAUGGCGCGCAUUCGUCUCGAGCUCUACGACUCUGCCAUCUCGGAUUGCCAGGCUUGCCUUAAGUUGUCUCACGGCAACAUGAAGGCCUACUUUUACCUGUCCCAGUGUCAGCUUGCCAUACGUGACUACGACGCCGCCCUCGACAACGCCCUGCAUGCCCACCGCCUCUGCGUCGAGACCAACGAUCGGUCGCUCGGCCCGGUUACGAACCAGGUCCUCCGUUGCAAGAAGGAACGUUGGGAAGAGCGGGAAAAGCGGCGAACGCGCGAGGCGCAGGAUCUAGAGAACGAAGCCGUCGCCCUCAUGGAGCGUGAACGCGACGACGUGGUUAACUCGUGCACCACGGCCCUAGACAAGAAGCUUGUCGCUGAAGAGUGGGAUCAGAAGAUCUCCAUUCUGCGGGAGACGUUUGAGAAAUCGAGAGCCGCCUCCGAGCAGAGACGCAAGGUGCCGGAUUGGGCGAUCGACGAUAUCAGUUUUGGUAUCAUGGUCGAUCCGGUUAUAACCAAGACGGGCAAGUCAUAUGAGAGAGCCUCUAUCAUGGAGCACCUCCGGAGACACCCCAUCGACCCUCUAACGCGAGAGCCACUCUAUCCUAGCGAGCUACGGUCGAAUCUCCAGCUGCGAGAAGCGUGCCAGGAAUUCUUAGACCAGAACGGGUGGGCAGUGGAUUGGUGAGAAGCGAAAGCGUAGAGAAUGACGUCGGGGGAUGGGGAGAAUCGCAAUCCCCUGAAGGAUGGUGGUCGUCGCAUCUGUGACGGUCAUUCGCA